GCCGCCGGCGCCUUCGUUGCUGCAGCCCCGGGGAGCAUCGCGACAAGAUGAAGCUCAUCAUCCUGGAGGACUACUCACAGGCCAGUGAGUGGGCGGCCAAAUACAUCAGGAACCGCAUCAUCCAGUUUAACCCUGGGCCAGACAAGUACUUCACCCUGGGGCUCCCCACUGGGAGCACCCCUCUUGGCUGCUAUAAGAAGCUGAUUGAGUACUAUAAGAAUGGGGAUCUGUCCUUUAAAUAUGUGAAGACCUUCAACAUGGACGAGUACGUGGGCCUUCCUCAAGAGCACCCAGAGAGCUACCACUCUUUCAUGUGGAACAACUUCUUCAAGCACAUCGACAUCCACCCAGAAAACACCCACAUUCUGGAUGGGAAUGCAGCUGACCUGCAGGCUGAGUGUGAUUCCUUUGAGAAGAAGAUUGAGGCUGCAGGUGUCGAGCUGUUCGUUGGAGGCAUUGGCCCUGAUGGACACAUUGCCUUCAAUGAGCCAGGUUCUAGUCUGGUGUCCAGGACCCGGGUGAAGACACUGGCCAUGGACACCAUCCUGGCCAAUGCUAGGUUCUUCGAUGGUGAUCUUGCCAAGGUGCCCACCAUGGCCCUGACAGUGGGGGUGGGCACUGUCAUGGAUGCUAGAGAGGUGAUGAUCCUCAUCACAGGUGCUCACAAGGCAUUUGCUCUGUACAAGGCCAUCGAAGAGGGAGUGAACCAUAUGUGGACCGUGUCUGCCUUCCAGCAGCAUCCCCGCUCUGUGUUUGUGUGCGAUGAGGAUGCCACCUUGGAGCUGAAAGUGAAAACUGUCAAGUAUUUCAAAGGUUUAAUGCUCGUUCAUAAUAAGUUGGUGGACCCCCUGUACAGUAUCAAGGAGAAAGAAACUGAGAAAAGCCAGCCUUCUAAGAAACUGUACAGCGAUUAGCUUGCACUGGGACCUAGUAUCAAGUACCUCACAGGGACAGGCAGGUCUUUUUGGAAAUUGUCUUUAGAAUGGAAUGCUUUUCUUUAAUUAAGUAUGGUUACUGCAGAUAAGGGCGGGACCGUACUGUUCUUGGAUGUGAGGCUAGGAGCCUGGUCAGGGAGUUAAGCUAUAUGGAGAAUGACUUGUCUGUAACUUUAUUAGAAAAAAAAAUCUCUGAAAAAUAUACUCCAUCAUUUUGCCGUCUACCACACUCAAGUUAAGGCCUUUUAGCUUCUCUUCUGCCUCAGCGACUGUUCACGUGUACAACACUUUCCCAUCAGGAAUUUCUGUUCUUGUGUGCACUUAUCUCAAAUCGGUAGAAAUUUCAGGCUUGUUCACAACCUCUCUGAGCUCCUCUUGAGCAGGCCUGCUGCCCCUUAGAGAAUCGUUGUUCCAAAUUAAGGAACAAACUCUUUACAUAUCUAAAUAAUGUACAAGAGAGAGUCCCUCUGGUCGGCACCAAGUACCUGGGAAAGAAAACUGUCUCUUACUCUCUUUCGUUUUUUUUCUUUCCCUGCUCUCACAGCUUUCCAUGAACUGGAUUCCUUGAGGAGAACUUGUGUGGGUGGGACUAAAAAGGUGGCUUUUGCUGAUAAAUCCACAGCCUCCAGGGGCCCAGCCAACAAAGAUCCAAGGGGAGAAAGGUGGAAACCCUUUUUCCACCAGAGCCUUGUGUUUUUGUCAGAGGUCUCUUACUUAGUCAUCAGUAAGGAAGAGGUCUACUGGGGGAACAGACAUGGCCACAAUUUCAGUACUGUUUUUAGCCUGGGUGAUGGAGUGGUAAACAUUCUCCACACACAAGUGCUAUGCUCUCCUGCCUUCUUCAGAGUUGAAUGCCAAGACCACACACUAGAUGCUUCUAGUAUUUUCCCCACUUAAAAUCCUGUUCAUCAGCCCUCUCAGGUUCAUGUGUGUAGUCUGAUGUUCUCAGGAUGUCAAGAUAUACAACCCUGUGCUCCUUUAUCCUUUAGCCCUUGUUCCUGAGAUGGUCUGUUGGUCUACCCUCUUUUUCUUCUCUUAAGCCUUUAUGGAGUGGUUGCUGCAGCUUCCUCCCUGUUUUGUGCCUGUUUGAAGCUAUUGCUGCCUAUUUCUAGGAAAGAGUUUUCAGAACCUGGCUCAGGCCUCUAUUUUAGUGCUGUGUUUGGUAUCAGCAUUUCAUCUUUAGCUUUUAUACGUGAUUGUGCUGUCAUUCUGUGUUAAGCUAAUGGAUCAAUGGACUUGUUUACAAUGUGAUAUUUUCUAUUAAAUCUAAUAUUUUCAAAUAAAAUGUGUCAUUUUUGGAUUCCCACCCCCAAAGUUCAGAAGGUAUCUUCUGAAAACAUGUAUUUUGGAAAUAGCCAGUGAGCAAAGCUUCACACUCCAUCCUCACAAGAGCUUUCAGGAAGGUCACAAGCAUAGCAACCGUCAGUUGAUCUUCUUCAAUCAUCAGGGUGAAAAAAAGAUUUUAUAAAAAUGAAGCACCUAUGUGGAAAAAGGUAGGAAUGAACAGAUGAACAAUAAAUUGCGAUGUUCUGGCUGUACUUGAGAUCUAAAGAGGGAUGUAGCUGUUAACAAAGAAUAAGGCAGGGGCUAGGGAUGUUCUCUACUGAGUACUUAUCUAGUAUCCAAAAGGCCCUGAAAUCUAGCCCCAUCACCACAAUAAUAAUAAUAAUAGCAAUAGUAGUAGUAAUAACUGCAAGGUUCUACUUUUGCAAUUAGAGUCAAUGUAAUAGAGUAUCUUGCAUCAAUGUAGCCAGUUAAGGUAUAUGUAAAAAGAUGGAAGAAUUUAAAUUUUAAUGAGAUACAGUUUAUAUGCCAAUACCAAUGAUUUGUAAGUUUAUGGAGUUGCUCAACUGCUUGUCACAAUCCAUUUCUAUCAUUUUAAAAAGCUGACGUUUACCCUUAGGCCCAGGUGACCGCUGAUUUGCUUUUUAUAUAGAUUUACGAGAGAGGAGAGAGAGAGAGUGUGUUAGGAGGGCCUUGCACAUGCUGUACCACUGAAUUGCACCCCCAGUCUCUACUGGAUAUUUCAUAUAAAGGGAAUUAUGUGACAUCUGGUGUCUGGCCUAACAUCUUUAAGGACUAUGUAGCAUAAUCCAUUCCUUUUAUUGCUUCAUGUUCCAUUGUAUUGAUUACAUUUUGUUUACACAAAGGGUUUAAAUUUUAAGAAGCUGUAUUAUGAAAAAAAGAACUUAGAAUGAAAUAAAAAAAAGGACUUAGUGAUUACAGCUAAAUUUAGUGAUUACAGCUGAAGAUAUCUGGAUGGACUUGGGACCUUGAAAAGAUCUGAUUUCUCAGGUCUGUUUCCCUGGUGGCCCAACAGCAGUGUCAUUUGCUAUAACCUAUGCUUAUGUGAUCCAGAUGGGGCCUCUAAUACUAAUCAGGACAGUAUGCUCCUCUUAGAGAGGAGCUAAUUAUGUAUUUUGGGAUAGGGAUCAUGGUUGGACCUGAAAUACCUUGUUGGUAGAAAAUAAGGGUUCUUUCAAAGAUGUCUGAUGCAGUGUUGAGAGGACAAAGCAGUCAGUUAAGCAGGGUUCCCCCCUGGCAAGGCUGUGACAAUUUGGUAAAAAAAGGAAAUGUUAAAUACAGUUGACAGUAACAAUCUGUAAAACAGUAAAUCUGAUAGAAAGGAGAAAGGUAAUAUUAAGUGUACAGAACUGUAUUCACUACACUUAGUAAAAAGUGGAGGUGUUGACAUAAAUGGGUAUCACCUUUUUUCUAUUGAGUACAUCUGCUCAUAAAGUAGGAAUGGAUACAAAAGCCUGUCCACUGUCUCUAAGGUUUACUCUUUCUUCCUUUAGGUCUCUACUCAAACAGCUUUCACCAGAAAUUUCCCUGGCCCUCCAGUGUAAACGAGCAACCUCGAUUCCCUAUCCUCCCUGCCCUGCUCUAUUUUCUCAGAGCCAUUUACAGUCUGAUAGGUAUUUUGUUGCCAAAUAAAUGUUACCUCCAUGAAGGCAGUUUGUUAAAUGCUACUCUAUCUCACCCCAUAACAGUGUCCAGGAAGGUACUGCUAUUUGUUGAAUGAUAAACCUGAUAAUUCUCCCCAACAGUAGUGAUCAUACACAAUAACCAUGGGAAAAUAAUAGCAUAUUACAUGAUGAUGGAUUAGACAGUUGGCAUACUGAAGAGAUCUAACUUUGCAAAAUUGAUGCCUUUUUCCCAGGAACCAAAGUCUUUGCUGUGAUGAGGUGCUAGUGAAGCAUGUGUGGCAGGUCUCUGAGUUAUGCAACAGGCAACCAAAACAGAAGAGAACAUAGUAAUUUGGACCUCAAAGAAGCCCUGACACCAUCUUGCAAUCAUACAAAAUCAGUAAUCACACCUAGUCCAUUUAGUCUCAAAGACCAAUUCAUAAGGUCUCAAGCCACUAGUGCCUCUAUCUCAGCUUUUUUCUUGGCUGAUGACCUUGAAUUUGGAAGCAAUCAGAAAAGAAUGCCCAUGGGCUAGGCAUGUAGCUUGGUGGUACAGUGCUUGAGUAGGCAUGCACAAAACCCUGGGUUCAAUCCCCAGCACCUUCAAAAACAAAAAAUGUCCGCAUGGUCCAGCCAUCACAUAAUCCCAUGCCAGUCCUGCUGUCACCCUGCCACCUUGUCAUCUGCCCCUUGCCUGAACCAUCUACUUGCACACCAGGCCCCAUCUCUCUUGCCUCCUUGAGGACACUGCCCCAGACUCUCACUUUGAGCAUCAAAUUGUCCUGUCCUUAGAUCACUCCUAUCAGCAUGCAAAAUGAGAGUUCAAAACUUUACUCCAUUUGCCUCCCCUAUUUAUAACCUUUUUCUUGACUCCUUAUGGCAAAACUUCUAGUUACCUGUACUCUGACCCUAAUCUCUCUCCUUCUAUUCUUUGUUCUUCUGGUAUUCCAUUAUACAUUGUUCUACCUUUUGUAGUUGCUCCACAGGUCUUGGAUUUUUUUUUUCCAUUCCUUUUUCGAAAUCUUAAAUUUAAAUUUGGGAAGUUUCAAGCCCACUGAUUCCAUCUCAGCUAUGUCAUCUAUUGAUGAGCCCAUUAGAGGUAUUCGUCUGUUACAAUGUUUAAUUCUAGAAUUUAUGUUUUAUUCUUUUUUGGUUUCCAUCUCUUGCUUACAUUACCAGACUAUUCUUGCAUAUUGUUCUUUUUUCAUUUUUGCACAUUAAUUAUACUUAUUUAAUUUCUCAGUCCAGUAACUCCAAAAUGUGGGCCAAUCUGAGUCUGGUUCUGAUGCUUGCUUUGUCUGAACUACUCUCCUUUGUGGCAUGUCCCAUCACUUUUUAAAUAUGGAAAACCAGACAUGAUGUAUUAGGCAAUAGGAACUGAGGUAAAACAGGCCUUAG